AUGAACAGACAAAGUGGCAAUGUACAAAACUCCGACUUGAGUCAUCCACAUGAUGUGAGUAAUAAUCAAGCUAUGUCUUUAUUAAAAGUAGAAACCCCGAAACCUGCGGGAUCAAAAGAAAAUGGACGUGACAGUUCCGAAGAUUUACUUGAUCUCAAAGGAAAAGUCGAAUCCCGACUAUUAUCUAUGUGGAAUAACGUAAAGUUUGGAUGGACUGUUAAAUUAAAAACUAGCUUUUCUAAAGAAUCCCCUGUGUGGCUACUAGGGCGUUGUUAUCAUCGCAAAUUAAGUCCAACAGGUUCCUUAGAAUCUUCAACAGAAAUUGGAACUGAAGCAACUGCUCAGCAACCAAUGGAACAGAUUUAUGGAGAGGGUAUUGAAGGAUUUAAAUCUGAUUUUAUUAGCCGACUUUGGAUGACAUAUAGAAGAGAAUUUCCUAUUAUGACCGGCUCUACAUUCACUACAGAUUGUGGUUGGGGGUGCAUGCUGAGAAGUGGGCAAAUGAUGCUUGCACAAGCUUUAGUUUGUCACUUUCUUGGACGUUCAUGGAGAUGGUGUCCAGAAAAAUCCAUUCAAAAUGCUAGAGAAUUUCAAGAAGACUGUCUUCAUCGAAUGAUAAUAAAAUGGUUUGGUGACAAGUCAUCAGUAAAUAGCCCUUUAUCAAUUCACAAUAUGGUCAUUUUAGGUGAAGCUUUGGGUAAGAAGCCAGGGGAUUGGUAUGGGCCAGCCUCUGUAGCUCACUGCCUUAAAUCAGUUGUAAAAGCUGCUUCAAAAGAAAAUUAUGAAUUUGAUAGAAUAGAAGUAUAUGUUGCUCAAGACUCUACAGUUUAUGUUCAAGAUGUAUAUUCAAUUUGUAGAUUACCAAAUGGAUCAUGGAAAUCACUUAUUCUUUUAGUACCUGUAAAAUUGGGUACUGAUAAGUUUAAUCCCAUAUAUGGUCCAUGUCUCACUUCACUUUUAACUUUAGACUUUUGUGUUGGAAUAAUAGGCGGUAGACCAAAACAUUCUCUCUAUUUUGUAGGAUACCAAGAUGACAGAUUAAUUCAUUUGGAUCCACAUUAUUGUCAAGAAAUGGUGGAUGUUUGGCAGCCAAACUUUUCAUUACAGACAUUUCAUUGCCGCUCACCGAGGAAAAUGCCUCUUAGUAAAAUGGACCCAUCAUGUUGCAUUGGAUUUUAUUUGGCAACACAACAUGACUUUGAGACCUUUGUCAAUGUCAUUACAUCUUUUCUAAUUCCACAAGGUGUCUCAGCUAAUUUUGAAUAUCCUAUGUUUACCUUACAUAGUGGAUCAAGUAGCACUGUUAUUGAUUUUCCUAAAAUAAGAACUUCAAUUUAUGAAACAGAGCAGAACUGGGUGACACCUAACCUGCAUGAUAGUGAUACUGAUAUUGAAUCAGAGGAAUUUGUAUUAGUAUAA